GAGAACUAUACUCUAUUAUGUCAUAGCAACGGAACGCUAUAAGAUAUCACGCGCAACUUCAACAACAAAUCAGAGUGUUUGUCUCCACAGAACCAUAAAGUCGAGUGGAACAGAAGAUUAUAUUUGCUCAAAAUGCGUGAAUGUAUAUCAGUACAUGUUGGUCAGGCCGGGUGCCAGAUGGGCAACGCCUGUUGGGAGCUGUAUUGUCUGGAGCACGGGAUUCAGCCCGACGGUCAGAUGCCAAGUGAUAAAACUAUUGGUGGUGGAGAUGAUUCUUUCAACACGUUCUUCAGUGAAACCGGAGCUGGCAAACAUGUUCCUAGAGCCGUCUUUGUGGAUCUCGAACCUACAGUCGUUGAUGAAGUUCGAACCGGAACCUACCGCCAGUUAUUUCAUCCCGAGCAACUCAUAACCGGCAAAGAAGAUGCGGCCAACAACUAUGCUCGUGGUCACUACACCAUUGGUAAGGAAAUCAUCGACCUUGUCUUGGAUAGAAUACGUAAACUAGCUGACCAAUGUACAGGCCUGCAAGGGUUUCUGAUCUUCCACUCAUUUGGUGGUGGUACUGGAUCUGGCUUCACAUCCUUGCUAAUGGAGAGACUAUCUGUUGAUUAUGGAAAGAAAUCUAAGCUUGAGUUUGCAGUUUAUCCUGCCCCUCAAAUUUCGACAGCUGUCGUGGAGCCUUACAACUCCAUCUUGACGACUCAUACCACUCUGGAGCACUCCGACUGCGCUUUUAUGGUUGAUAACGAGGCCAUCUAUGACAUUUGUCGCCGUAACCUUGACAUUGAGAGGCCAACAUACACCAACUUGAAUCGACUGAUUGGUCAGAUCGUUUCGUCAAUCACCGCAUCUCUCAGAUUUGAUGGCGCCCUUAACGUUGACUUGACAGAGUUUCAAACCAACCUUGUACCAUAUCCACGUAUCCACUUUCCAUUAGCUACCUACGCACCAGUCAUCUCCGCUGAGAAAGCUUAUCAUGAACAACUCACCGUUGCUGAGGUAACAAAUUCUUGUUUUGAACCAGCUAAUCAGAUGGUUAAAUGCGAUCCACGUCACGGCAAGUAUAUGGCUUGUUGUAUGUUGUACAGAGGAGAUGUUGUCCCAAAAGAUGUGAAUGCUGCAAUCGCUACAAUCAAAACUAAGAGAACCAUCCAAUUUGUUGAUUGGUGCCCAACUGGCUUCAAGGUUGGUAUCAACUACCAACCGCCAACAGUGGUACCUGGCGGAGAUCUUGCAAAGGUUCAACGCGCAGUAUGCAUGCUGAGUAAUACGACCGCUAUCGCUGAAGCCUGGGCCCGGCUUGAUCACAAGUUUGAUUUGAUGUACGCUAAGAGAGCGUUUGUUCACUGGUAUGUUGGAGAAGGAAUGGAGGAAGGAGAGUUCUCUGAGGCCCGUGAGGACUUGGCCGCCCUCGAGAAAGAUUACGAGGAGGUUGGAGUAGAUUCAGCUGAUCCAGAAAAUGAAGAAGGGGAAGAUGAAGAGGAAGAAUAUUAAAACAUGUAAUACUCUGGACAUAAUAUCAUAUACAUGUAUCUUAAUUGACUGUUUUCUGUUUCUCUGUAUUGACACAGUUUUAUGUUUAAC